GACAGUUAUAUCAUCUUCUCUUAUCUCUUACACUAAGUAAAACCAUACUGCAUCCAUGUUCUCAAUCAAAAUUCUACAUUCUGUCUCUAAAAUCCUCUUGUCUUUCACUCUUCUGUGCACGUGCAUCGCCAUUGCCGACGAUGCUGCGUUUAUGUCCAAGCUCGCCAAAGCCUUGAGUCCCACGCCGUCGGGGUGGUCGGGGACCAGCUUCUGUGAGUGGAAGGGCGUCAGGUGCACCACUAACGGCGUCUCCUCAAUCAACAUCGCUUCACAGUCGCUCACCGGAACGCUACCUCCGGAUCUCAACUCCCUCUCCCAACUCACCUCGCUCUCUCUCCAGGGCAACGCGCUCUCCGGCGCGUUGCCUUCCCUUGCCAACCUCUCCAUGCUGGAAACCGUGUUCCUCGAAGGCAACAUAUUCUCCUCCAUUCCCGAUGGUUGCUUCCAGGGUCUCCUUAGCUUACAGAGCCUCAGCAUGGCAGACAACUUCAACCUCGCUCCAUGGAGGAUUCCCGCGGAGUUGACUCAGUCCACCAACCUCGUCAUACUCGACCUCGGAAACACAAACCUCAUUGGUACCUUGCCUGACGUGUUUGACUCCCUUGUGAGUUUGCGGGAGCUUCGUCUCUCUUACAACAACCUCACUGGGGGUUUGCCAAAGACCUUCGCGGUAUCUGGGAUCCAGAAUCUGUGGCUCAACAAUCAGAAAGACGGGUUCGGGUUUUCGGGUACCAUUGAGGUGCUUGCUUCCAUGACCCGUUUGUCUCGGGUGUGGCUUUUUAAGAACCUUUUCACGGGUCCCAUUCCGGAUUUGUCAAAUUGCACCGCUUUGUUUGAUCUGCAGCUAAGUGACAACCAGUUAACCGGUGUGGUUCCGCCUUCUCUCAUGUCCCUUUCUAGUUUGCUGAAAGUUUCUUUAGACAACAAUGUGCUUCAGGGUCCGGUUCCUUCUUUUGGGAAAGGUGUGAAGGUCACUCUUGAUGGGGUGAAUAGUUUUUGUAGGAAAGACUCUGGACCUUGCGAUUCUCGAGUAACGACUUUGCUUGAUAUUGCUAAAGAUUUUGGUUAUCCCCUUCAGUUGGCACGUUCUUGGUCCGGGAAUGAUCCUUGUGGGGAUUGGAGUUUUGUUGUGUGUGCUACGGGAAAGAUUGUUACUAUGAAUUUGGCGAAGCAGAAUUUGACGGGAACGAUAUCACCUGCAUUUGCCAAUUUAACUGAUUUGAAAAACCUGUAUCUCAAUGACAAUCAUUUAGGAGGAUCAAUACCUGGAGACUUGGUUAAUUUAGCUCAGCUUAGGAUUCUAGAUGUGUCUAACAACAAUCUAUCUGGUGAUGUUCCAAAGUUCCCAACCAAGGUGAAGUUCAAUAAUGCAGGUAAUCUUCUGCUUGGGCAUUCUCGAGGUGGUGGUGGUAGUGACACCACUCCGUCAAGCGGUUCUAGUGAUGCACCAACCGAAAGUCCAAAUACAGCAUCAGGUGGUUUCUCACUCUCUUCUGCUUGGAUCGCAGGUAUUGUGGUUAUUGGUGUGUUUUUUGUCUCGAUGGUUGUGGUUGUCUUUUGCACGUGUCAUACCAUAAACUGGCAUUGGACAUUGGAAAAGGUUAAGAAUCUAGAAAACGAAAAGAAAGUUGUUCUCAUUGAGGGUCAAAGUGUUAUCAUGUCAAUUCAAUUUCUUUGUCAAGUAACAAAUAAUUUUAGUGAAAAAAACAUUUUGGGUAGGGGGGGAUUUGGCAGAGGGGAUUUGGAUGAUGGAACUAAAAUUGCUGUGAAGAGGAUGGAAUAUGGUUCUUGUAUAAGAGGAAGUAAGGAAAUGAAUGAAUUAGAAGCAGAAAUUGGAGUGAGGCACAGGCACUUGGUGGCUUUUUUAGGACAUUGCAUUGAAGGCGAAGAAAAACUUUUGGUGUAUGAGUAUAUGCCUCAAGGGACAUUAACUCAACAUUUGUUCUUGUGGCAUGAAAAUGGUAGCGUUGAGUAUAUGCCUCAAGGGACAUUAACUCAACAUUUUUUCUUGUGGCGUGAAAAUGGUAGUGUUCCUUUGACUUGGAAACAAAGGGUAACAAUAGCUUUGGAUGUAGCACGAGGAGUGGAAUAUUUGCACCGCCUAGCUCAACAAAGCUUCAUUCACAGAGACUUAAAACCCUCAAACAUACUUUUGGGAGAUGAGAUGAGAGCCAAGAUUACAGAUUUUGGUUUGGUUAAAAUUAUUGCACCAGAAGGGAAUGAUUCUGUGUGGACACGAGUGGCGGGAACAUUUGGAUAUCUAGAACCUGAAUAUGCAGCUACGGGAAGAGUAACGAGGAGAGUGGACGUGUACGCAUUUGGAGUAGUUUUGAUGGAACUAAUUAGCGGUAGAAAGGCAUUGGACAGUAGUUUGCCAGAAGAAAUGCCUCAUUUGGUUUCAUGGUUCUGUAGGAUUGUAGACAACAUGAAAAACAUCUCACUGGUAACUGAUGAAAGUCUGAACCUUGACGAUGAAAACAUGGAGAGCAUAUGUAAAGUGGCUGAGCUGGCAGCUCAUUGCACUUCUCCUGAACCUCAUAAAAGGCCUGAUAUAUGGCAUGCAGUGAAUGUCUUGGUUCCUUUAGUGGAGCAAUGGAACCCCGCCUGUAUCCAUGAACAACAUGAAGAAAAAUAUUGUGAUGUGAUUUAUGAAGGACAUUAUGAUAUGUCCUUCUCGGAAAUUCUCUCCGGCCGUUAGAUAUGUCUUCAAUUUUAUUUAUGUUAAUGGAUUCAUCAUUCAUUGAAAUCGUGUGAAUAUGAGAAAAGAAGUUCCACAAACACGGUGUUGACCAAUUUUAAAUUUGAUAAGUAAGCGAGUUUGUUCA